AGCAAUCUUCUAAUUGGAACCAUAUACAUUAGAUGGAUGGUUUCUAGCCUGCUUCCAAACCCCACCUCGGCUGAGUGUUGGGCGGCCCUUCUACACGAUCCUAUGACUCUUGAUAUGGACGCAGUCCUGUCAGACUUUGUUCGGUCCACGGGGGCAGAACCUGGUCUGGCCAGAGACCUGCUGGAAGGCAAAAACUGGGACCUGACGGCCGCUCUGAGUGACUAUGAGCAGCUCCGACAGGUGCACACAGCCAACCUGCCGCCUGUGUUCAACGAGGGCAGGUGCCCCAAGCAGCCUGAGCGAGAGCACCCCCCACCUGCGCACACGGCCGAGCGGCCCUGCCCGCCCAGGCAGGACGACAUCGCCCAAGAGAAGAGGCUCUCUCGCGGGAUCUCCCACGCCAGCUCAGCCAUCGUGUCCCUGGCGCGGUCCCACGUGGCGAGCGAGUGCAGCAGCGAGCAGUUCCCACUGGAGAUGCCCAUCUACACGUUCCAGCUGCCGGACCUGAGCGUGUACAGCGAGGACUUCCGGAGCUUCGUGGAGCGAGACUUGAUCGAGCAAGCAACCAUGGUGGCUCUGGAGCAGGCGGGUCGCCUGAACUGGUGGUCCACCGUGUGCACGAGCUGUAAACGGCUUCUUCCUUUGGCCACGACAGGGGACGGGAACUGCCUUUUACACGCUGCCUCACUGGGAAUGUGGGGCUUUCACGACCGGGACCUGGUUUUGCGGAAAGCUCUCUACACCAUGAUGAGGACGGGGGCCGAGAGGGAGGCCCUGAAGCGAAGAUGGAGGUGGCAGCAGACGCAGCAGAACAAGGAGUCAGGGCUGGUGUACACGGAGGAAGAGUGGGAGCGGGAGUGGACAGAGCUGCUGAAGCUGGCCUCCAGCGAGCCACGCACGCACGUCAGCAAGCACGGCGGCUCGGGCGGGGGCAUGGACAACGCCGAGGACCCCGUGUACGAGAGUCUGGAGGAGUUCCACGUUUUCGUCCUUGCCCACAUAUUAAGGAGGCCCAUCGUCGUUGUAGCAGAUACGAUGCUGAGGGACUCAGGCGGGGAAGCAUUUGCUCCAAUCCCCUUCGGAGGGAUUUACCUGCCCUUGGAGGUGCCUCCCAACAGAUGCCACUGCUCACCUCUGGUUCUUGCCUACGACCAAGCGCAUUUCUCUGCCCUUGUGUCCAUGGAGCAGAGAGACCAGCAGAGAGAACAAGCCGUGAUCCCCCUGACGGAUUCAGAGCACAAGCUGUUGCCUCUGCACUUUGCGGUGGACCCCGGGAAGGACUGGGAGUGGGGGAAAGACGACAAUGAUAACGCCCGGCUGGCCCACCUGAUCCUGUCGCUAGAAGCCAAGCUGAACCUUCUGCACAGCUACAUGAAUGUGACGUGGAUCCGGAUCCCCUCUGAGACCCGGGCCCCUCUGGCGCAGCCGGAGUCCCCGACGGCCUCGGCCGGGGAGGACGUGCAGUCCCUGCCCGACUCGCUGGACUCGGACCGCGACUCGGUGUGCAGCAACUCCAACAGCAAUAACGGCAAGAAUGGCAAGGACAAGGAGAAGGAGAAGCAGCGCAAGGACAAGGACAAGACCCGCGCGGACUCUGUGGCCAACAAGCUGGGCAGCUUCAGCAAGACGCUGGGCAUCAAGCUGAAGAAGAACAUGGGCGGCCUGGGCGGCCUGGUGCACGGCAAGAUGAGCCGCGCCAACUCCGCCAACGGCAAGCACAGCGACCCGCCCGAGCGCGGAAAGGAGAAGAAGGCCAAGGCGCGCAAGGGCAGCAAGGAGGAGUCGGGCGCCUCGGCCAGCACGUCGCCCUCGGAGAAGACCACGCCGUCGCCCACGGACAAGACGGCGGGCGCGUCGCCGGCCGACAAGGGCGGCGGGCCCCGCGGCGACGCCUGGAAGUACAGCACGGACGUCAAGCUGAGCCUCAACAUCCUGCGCGCCGCCAUGCAGGGCGAGCGCAAGUUCAUAUUCGCCGGCCUGCUGCUCACCAGCCACCGGCACCAGUUCCACGAGGAGAUGAUCGGCUAUUACCUGACCAGCGCGCAGGAGCGCUUCAGCGCCGAACAGGAGCAGCGGCGCCGCGACGCCGCCGCCGCCGCCGCCGCCGCCUCCACGGCCAAGCGGCCGCCGCGCAGGCCAGAGGCCGAGGGCGCGCCAGGCCCCGAGCGCGCCUCGCCGGGCCCGCCGGCCGGGCCUCCCACGCAGCUGGUGCUCAAGCUCAAGGAGCGCCCGAGCCCCGGGCCGGCGGCGGGCACGCGGGCGGCGCGGGCAGCGGCGGGCGGCGCGGCCUCCCCGGGCCCCGGCGGCGGCGCGCGACGCGCGGGUGCCAGCGGACCGGUCCCGGGCCGCAGCCCCCCGGCGCCGGGGCGCCAGAGCGUCAUCCACGUGCAGGCGGCGGGCGCGCGGGACGAGGCGUGCGCCCCGGCCGUGGGCGCGCUGCGGCCGUGCGCCACGUACCCGCAGCAGAACCGCUCGCUGUCGUCGCAGAGCUACAGCCCGGCGCGCACCGCUGCCCUGCGCACCGUCAACACGGUCGAGUCGCUGGCGCGCGCCGUCCCAAUAACCCUGCCCGGCGCGGCGGGGGCGGCGGGCGCGGCCGAGCCCAAGUCGCAGACCUACACCAACGGCUUCGGCGCGGCGCGCGACGGCCUGGAGUUUGCCGACGCCGACGCGCCGGCCGCGCGAUCGAACGGUGAGGGCGGCCGGGGCGGCCCCGGCGCGGGGCCGGCGCAGCGGCGCUGCCAGCGCGAGAACUGCGCGUUCUACGGACGCGCAGAGACCGAGCACUACUGCUCGUACUGCUACCGCGAGGAGCUGCGGCGGCGGCGCGAGGCGCGCGCGGCCCGGCCCUGA